CGAGCAAACAAAUAUCUUGAAUUUCUUCUUCGAACCCAAUCUAAUCAAUCAUGCAUUUCUUCAACUUUCUCACACACCCUUUUGUCUGAGUAUCUUGGAAACUGCAGCACAUAGGAAGGAAAAAGGACAAGAUGUCAGUUUUGGCAGCGAAUUCUCAAGUUAUGUUCCCAGAAAUCUAUCAAAGAUACCAACGGCAGCAGCUUUGGAACAGUGGGAGCUGUUUGUUUUGGCCCAAGAAUUCUGGGUUUUCCGGGACUGUUUGGAGUGAUGGAAAAUGGAAGAAGAAGCAGAAGAUGAAGAGGAGAACCUGGAGAGUAGAAGCUGCUUGGCCUGAUUUGUCGAAACCCAGGGCGAUUGAAAUGGAACCCAUCAACGACUGUGAUCAGCUUGAUCAGAUUCUAGCUGCUGCUCAACAGCUUUCCCAACCUGUUCUCAUUGACUGGAUGGCUGCUUGGUGCCGGAAAUGCAUCUAUUUGAAGCCAAAGUUGGAGAAAUUGGCAGCUGAGUUCCAUACCAAAAUCAAAUUCUAUUACGUGGACGUCAACAAAGUACCUCAAACUUUAGUCAAACGUGGAAACAUCUCUAAAAUGCCUACAAUUCAGUUAUGGAAGGACGGGGAGAUGAAAGAGGAAGUAAUUGGAGGGCACAAAGCAUGGCUUGUCACCGAAGAAGUGAGACAAAUGAUCCAAAAAUUUAUCUGAAGAAAAUACAGGGAUUAAUUAUCACUUUUUUUUCUCUUUUAUGUGCAUUACUAUAUGAGAUUGUCAUGGGAUAUUGAUACUGCUACUCUCUCAAUGCCACCUAUAUCUUUAUCUG